AUGGAAAAGACAAUUAACAAAUACAUUCCACUUCUUGAUAGAAUUAAAUCGUCAAAGAUAAUCAACAGUCUUACCUUUGACCAUGAUUUCUUUGUGCCAUCUCCGCCUUUUCAUUUAAUUCCUGAAGAGUUAAAAUUAAAUAAUUUCGGUUCAAAAGUACCCAAUCCAACGAUCAAUAGCGAUUCAAUUAAUACCAAUUUUAAUAAUGAAUUAUUUUUACAUCGUCCAAGAAACCUUGCCGGCUGUUUUAGCUAUUCAUUGCCAGAAGUUAGAAAAGAUUAUAAAUACCUAAUCUCUUCUAAAAAUGCUUUAAACGACUUGAAUUUAAAUUUAGAUUACGAACUAAAUAAAGAUGAAAAUACAUUUUUUAAAGAAAUUGUAUCGGGGCAGAAAGUUUUUUUUAAACAUUCUGAUUCAAAAACAAAUAGCAAUGAAAAUUUCCCAUAUUCAUUAAACUAUGCUGGUUAUCAAUUUGGUACUUUUGCAGGUCAAUUAGGAGAUGGAAGAGUUGUUAAUUUGUUUGACUUAAAUAACGGCAAAAAUGAUUAUAUUCUUCAAUUGAAAGGCAGUGGGAAAACUCCAUUUUCUAGGUUUGCGGAUGGUAAAGCAGUUUUAAGAUCAAGUAUUCGAGAAUUUUUCAUAUCUGAGUACUUGAAUGCUAUUGGGAUUCCAUCUACCAGAGCAUUAUCGUUAACAUAUUUACCCAAGACAUAUGCUCAAAGAAUUGGAGCAGAAAAAUGUGCGGUUGUAACUAGAUUUGCAGAAUCUUGGUUAAGAGUUGGGAAUUUUGAUUUAUUAAACUGGCGAAGUGAUCGCAAGGGCCUUUUAAAUUUAUCGAAUUUUAUAAUUGAAAAUCAUUUUCCUUAUUUAGUUGAUGGAGAAAAGGAGAGUAAGUCGAAUUUUAAUAAGGAAUAUUUGGAUAAAUAUUCGAUAAAGAUAAAGGAUGUUAGUAAAUAUGAUGAAAUGUAUUUAGAGAUUGUUAAGAGAAAUGCAAAGACUACGGCACUAUCACAAGUUUAUGGUUAUCUUAAUGGAGUAUUGAAUACGGAUAAUACAUCAAUUCUUGGAUUGGCGAUGGAUUUUGGACCAUUUGCUAUGAUGGAUAAAUUUAAUCCUGAUUUUUCACCAAACCAUGAUGAUGUUAAUUUAAGGUAUGGGUAUAAUGAGACACCAUCUACUAUUUGGUGGAAUUUAACUAAAUUGGGAGAAGAUUUAAUUGAUCUAAUUGGAUUUGAUAGAGAGAUGGUGAUAAGCCAAGAAUUUGUGGAUAAAAUUGAGGAAAAAAUUGAUUUUAACGAAGAGAAACACUUGAAUAUUAUCAAAAGAGCGAGCAAGGUUAUCAAUAUAUGUGAAGAAGAGUACCAAGAUUGCUUUAUGGAAACGUAUACUCAAGCAUUUAGAGAUAGAUUAGGGUUAUUGAAAGCAAUGGAAGAAGAUGAGAAAAAAGUGAUUUCGCCAAUGUUGACAAUGCUUUUAAAGACUGAAUUGAAUUAUAAUCGUUUUUUCUACAAUUUAUCAUAUUUAAAUUUUUUCUCAAAUAAUAAUGAUGGCGAGAAUAAGUUCAACGAACUAGCUAAAUCAUUACUACCCAAUGGGUUUGAACAUUCAAAAGACAUGAGUAAAGAAGGGAUUAUUAAAUUGAUUUCUGAAUGGUUAAAAGUCUUUUAUGAGAGACUAAAAUUAGAGAAUAGCAUUGAUGGGGACAGGCUUCGUGCUAGUCAAAAGUAUAAUCCAGCUUUUGUGCCUUCAAAUUGGAUCUUCGAAGAGGUGAUCAGCAAAUGCAAAGAAGAUAAUUGCGAGGGAGAAUCUCUUGAAUGGUUGGAAAAGUUUAGUUUGAUGUGCUGUAAUCCGUUCAGUAGAAGAGACUCUAGAACAGAUCAGUGGGGAAAUGGAUUCAAAGAAUUGGAAGACAGAUGGUGUUGGGAUCAGGAAAGGAAUAUUGACUACUCCAAAUUGCAAUUGCAAUGCAGUUGUUCAAGCUGA